GCCUCCACCUGCUGCGUUGAGCGUAGCAGAAGAAAGGAUUGUUGAUGCGAUGCAGGACACCGCAUCAUUUAUUGGAGUCCCUGGUGGACAGGAGUCUGCUGUUAUUCAGCUUGAUGUUCAUAACAGCAGUGCAACCAGCAUAGAGAGGUCCUGGGAUGAAGCCAUCAGGAGGAUUACAGAACAUCCUCCUGGUCAGUUGUUUGCUGAUGAUGCAGAGGACGUUGCAGCAACACCAGAGGCAGCAGCAUCCUCUGCAUCAUCACUAGGACAAAAAAGAUGCCGAACAAAAGAGGUGCAGGCCACAGACAGACAGAAGAGGAAGAAAACUGCUGAAGAUGUGUAUACAAUUCAGCAUGCCUACUUUGAGAGGGAGAUGGUUAAGACCGAUCUACAGAUCACCCUUUUAAAGAAAAUUCUUGAAAAUUUUGAAGGUCAGCAAGACACUGUCAGCCUUCUAGCUGCUUUGUCUCAUUAGCUGAAUAUUGCUUACAUGCUAAUGAUACAAAACAGACAGAAUGCUGUAAACCUUGUCUGAUCAUUGUAGUUAUCCCUUGCUCAGCAUUAGUUAAAAUUAUCAGAGGUCUAUAUGUAAAUAAUUGAUGUACGUCUUAUAGUGAAAUAUUGCAAAAGGUCUAUGUAGACUUACUGAUAUUUUUCAAUGUAAUAUUGAUGUCUUGUAGAUCUGAUAUUUGGCUGAAAGGUUCCUAGGAUGAAGCCUGACAAAGUAUGUGAAAAGAAAUGACCUUGACUCAUAU